AUGUCGCUUCCUGCUAGAGCCACUCAGUCGCAGCCUGCGGACGUCACAUUUGAGUCGCAUCAAAGCGGCAUUCAGCGCGUGAUGAUGUGCCCCAUCGAAUUUGGCACGUGUACUGGGAUCCAAACGGAACAGCUUGGGAAAAACGCGGGAAUUGGGCUUAAACAGCAAAACGUUUGUCUGCGACACCUUUACACGGGCGAGGUAGUUCGUGCCGACAGUAACCACAACUGUGGGAACAGUAGCAAUGUCUUUAUCCCCCACGGGGUCGGUAAAUUAGUCUGUUUUUUCUACGCCAAGGGUGGCACCGUUGGUUUUGCAGGGAAGCCUGGUUCUCCGGUGGGUUUACCGCACACAGUGGUGAUUAGUGAGUAUGGGGAGGUGGAAGAAUUGCGGGAUGCCAUUUUGCUCACCUUUUCCAUGUACACAGGUUCAUUCAGCUACGGCAGGCGACAGGGAAAGGGACGGCUGACGGUGUAUCCCCAUUAUUUUAUAGACUGUCUUUGGGACAACGAUGCACCGCUUUUGGACCGCACGCCGUGUGUCCUUUGCUUUUUCUCCAAGUAUAGCAUGUCGCCAACGGAUGAAAAGAGUCAAAUGAAGCCAACGCGAGUGGGUGGGAAUUCCGGAAAAGAUAUGGCUGCAAAUGUAAAAACCCAAUACAUUGGUAUGAUCUCUUUGAUUUCAUCUGGGUUGACGCCGCAUCGAGGAACCUUUGCGGGCCUUGCCUGGGCAGAGCAGGCACGUUUUGUUCCAGAUGGAAUUGGGGAAAUAUUAUACCCGCAGGGCAUUCGUUACUGUGGAUUUUGGCAGUGUGGUCAAAGACACGGUUUUGGCGUCGAGUACGAUCCGAAUAAAAGUACCGUUUACAUGGGUGGUUUUGUUUAUGAUCAGCGCGAGGGAUCAGGAACGUUGCAUUACUGCACCACAGGCGUAAUUUUUUCUGGUAGCUGGAAGAAAGGGAGCCCUACCGAGACAUCGAACGCUAUUUUACCCACAAGCCCUUUUAUCUUACAAGGGGGACUUUGGAAAAGCUAUGAAAAUUGGUCUUUUGAACAUGGCGCCUUGAUGCGUUCAUCCGUCCCACUCAGUGGGAUUUGGGAACCGCUGUUUCUCGCGUUUGAUGAGAAGCUCGCCUCUGCCCCUUGGGAUCAUCAGGGUACAUCGCCCACAACAAAAACAACAACAGCAACGACAAUGGAAGGGUUGGACAAUGAUGAAAAGGAUCACGCAGACGAAAAAAACAUUUUGCUUCUCUCGAAUAUGAUGCAGAGUUCUGAAUUUAAGGCCCUAUUGGUGCCCUUCCAGCGGUGUUAUUAUUUUCUGUACAAGCCAUGUGUGGGUCGGGGACGAAGGAACUGCAACGGGAGUUCUUCUCUCGGGGAGGAUGCAGGGCAUUCCCUCACGCAGUGGGCGUUCCCUAGCUUCUCCUCUCCCGCAGCGGCGAGAAGUGCGCCGGUUUCCCGCAGUUCUUUGUUGACUGCAUACGAUGAUGAAAAUCGCCCUUUGUCUAACUCGCAUGAUAUCCUUCGCAGCCGAUGGGCGAGUCUGCGUUGUUUCCAGCAAGAAAAAUCGUAUAUGAAAUCUUUAGAAAGGUUGUCUCCGCUUGUGUUGCAGCUGCGUGAACUUGGAAGCGAUUAUCGUCAGGGGUUUGGUGAAGCACCGGGGGGUGGAUGUUGGUCCUGUCCAUCCUGGUGCGAAGAGAUGGGGGUGGUUGGAGGGAAUGGUGACAAUAGUAAAAGUAACAGUAGUAAUAUUAGUAAUGGUAUUGGUAGUGGUGCUAUUCGUUGUUUUCACACUGAAAGCGUGGUGGAGAGUUUGGCGAAACGGAUGUCUCCAGUGAAAAUGUUUGAACGUGCGAUGCGUGAUCUAGCCUCGUUUGUAUCUUCUGUACGACUUCGACUACUUUCAUACGUGGCGGCACACCCAUUGGCGUGUGAUGUGUCCGUGAGCAAACGCGUUCUUGCCGUCUGUUGGGACUCCGUCUACGCCCUUGUGGCUCCCGUCAUCCACGAGCUCGCUGCAGCGGCAGAGGCGGAGGCAGUCAUUGCCGCAUCAUUGGCCCUUCAACGAUGCACCUCUCUUGGCCCCCACGAUUUUAUCCCGAUGGCGGUUGCAAAAAACUUUGAUUAUUUUGAGGAGGAUCGAAAGGUGACGAAGUGGCUUGCGCGUUUGUUUAGUUCUCCCACCCAUCACAGCCGACGUGUCGUGGAGCAGACAAUAAAUGGGCAGUUGUUAUGCUUUAGCCCACAUGUCGGUAGCGGGCAAGAAACCCCAGCAGUGUACUUUUCUCCAGCAUGUAUGUUUGCAGCCUUCGAUUCCGUGUACAAAAUUUCCUUGCGUUUGUUUCCCCAACAUCCCCUCUUCCAGGAGCGUUGGAUGAGUUACAGUGUUCUGGAGGCGUUUAAUUACGCAGAGGGUAUUGUUCCACGUGACGCGCUCAGUCCACCGGCUGUUCUGCGAAUCCUUCAUUUUCUUGCCGCUGAAGUCAACCCACGCUACCCGUUUCCUGGCGGAAGUACGGAAUUGAGAGACGAUGCGAUUACCUCUAAGGGGUGGGAAAAGGCCUUGCAUGUGACAAACGGAAACGGCACCAAUAGGAAGGAUGGCCGCGACCCCUCCGCAAUUAUGGAAAGCGACACGGUUGAUUUGGAGCCGUGGCUAAAUUCCUUUACGGCGUUAUACUCAGCACCGAAAGAGGCGACGGAAGUUGUUUCGUUGCUUGACUUUUUUCGUGAUGGUGUGGAUCGCUUGAAAAGUGUGUAUCCAUCGGUUCGAGUGAACUCUUUACGCCCUUCCGCCAUGGACGCUACUGUCUUGGAAGGCGGCGUGUUGGGUAUUGUGUACCCACUUGAUGAAUUGGCCGUACGUACGCGAUUUGUACUGCUUGCUGCCAGUGAAUGGCUAAGAAAUCGCCAGCAACAAGGCGGGAAGGAGUGUGAGUGGAAUAUCAAUGAUGGUAAGGAGGUGGAAAUGACGACCGAUGGGGAAAACGGAGACACAUCGCGGAAGGCAAAUGGACUCAUUCGACGGGUUCUUUCUCUCCCCAUCUCUGUCAUGCAGCCGGCAUUGAGUCAGCAGGCGGAUGAACUUUCCUAUGAAGCGAUUCACAUGCAUGAGGACGGUUUGAUGCAUUCGGUUGAACAGCGGCGUCAACAGGAGAUGUCGUCCAUUGCGAAUUUGUCAUCGGAGGUACUACUUUGGAUUGUGGAGUGUAUUGGGAGGGUGUUGGAGUCACCAAACUUUCCAUCCGCGGUGACGAGCUCCAUGGCUCCCAGAAGGACAUCCAUGCAGCCACGAGAAACACAACAACUCCGGCAACCCGAUCCGUUGCCAUUCAAUUUAGGGAAUAAGGAACGAUGCGAUUCUCCCGCAGACUUUACAGUAGCCACGCCAAAGGAAUCCUCGUGGGGAGGAGCUGUUUCAGAUCAAGAUGAGGGCAAUGUCGUUGGCUCACAGUACCUCCGAUAUCAGUGGAAACACUUUAUUUCCAACAACAUGACGUUCCCAAACCGCAGUGCGUCUCUGCCAUUAGGUGAUACGAAUGAGAGUCAUGCCAACACAUCCGUGUCGGCAGCUGCAACCACGUCAGAGCUUCUUACAGAAGCUGAAAAUCUACAAAUUUUGUUGCUGCAAAGUUUUCUUGCUGAAGUUGGGCUUUGGAUAACGCUGGAUAUGCAUUCUUGCUAUGAUAAUGAGGAAGAUGUAUCCUCCACGUCCCUUGCACCUUACGCCAUCUCCCCAAGAGAAGAGAAAACGGUGAGGCGCUGUGUAGGUAAGGAGGCGAUUCUUUCUCUACAAGUAGGUCUUUCCUUUCUUGGCUCUCGAGCGUGGGAAGUACUGGCAGAUGCGUGGCUUGCGGCCUGUCUCAGGCUCCGUGCGAAUGCCUCAGCCUUUCCCCAUGCAAGACGUAAAUGUAAUCCCAUUGAUGCUCUGAAAUGUGUUCACUGA